GUCCAGUUUGUUGACUUUACAAAAACACAUGUGGUUAUUCUAGGUUCUUGACAGUGGGUUGUUUUUGUUGUGUUUUGGCAGAGUUUGGGGUGAAAAUUAAAAAUGGUUGGUAAAAUAAAACACGUCCGACAGAAGCUCCACCAGGAGGCGGUGAAGUUCGAGCCCAGUGGCCGCCAGCAGGCACCUGUCCCCGGGUUCCUGACAGAUAAGCCCCCCGCUCUACUGGGGACCCAAAACAGUCCAGCUGAAGAGAAGAAAGAGGACACAACAAAAACUACUCCACAGACCCAGACUAAAGCUCAGAGUUCUUUUCCAUCGGGAAUCUUCUCGGGGACAAAGAUCUCUGCAGACGCCCUCAAACAGACGCUAAAGUUUGAACAACCUCCAGAUCUGCCUCCACAGCCCAAGAAAGGUGCAGAGGAGAGGAAGCUGAAGAGUAAGAAGGAGAAGAUGAAGGAGCGUCGGGAUCGCUGGCUGAACAAGAUUAGCUCCAUAAAGCAGACCCGGGAGCAGGAGGUAGCUGCAGCACGCAGAAAGAGCACUCCGGUGGUGGGAGACCUCAGGCCGCUCGUGGACGCUCUACCAGAACUGAGCCAGCUGCUAGCGCCUAAUGCUAACAAGCUAACGGCUAAUGCUAAUAACAGCGAAAUGAGCCGGAAGAAGAGCAGGAAGAACAGCAGGCCAAUGAAGAGGACAGAACCCACCGAUUUCAGUCAAAUGAAGCAAUCUCAGAAACGUAAACUCUUAGAGGCAGAGACAUCGAGGUUUAGCGCUGCAGUGAAGUCACUUAGCACUAAAGCUAACCCACUCCUGGACAUCGGGGAGGUACUGAGGAAGAGGAUGAGACAAGAGGAAGAGGGACAGAGCUGACAACAUUACAGGAAAAUGGACUAUAAAACAAAAAGCUACUUAUGUUUUGGUACCGCCAUCUGGAAUUAUGUGCUGGAAAAAUAAAAAACAUUGUAAACAAAACAUUUUUGUCUAGUAUAGUUCAGAAUUCAGAGUAAUUAAAGAUGCAUUGUGUAACUUUUCAGGUCCAUGGAGAUGAUAUUGCUUUGGCUAGAAUGCCCCACAGUAUGGCAUUAAACACAUCUGUUUCUAUGGAGAUAAGACUCAGGGUCUAAUCUGUGGAAAGGCAAGCCCACACACAAUAAGAAUACAUGUUACGCAAUAGAACAACUAUAUAUUUGAAUAGAUGCAAGAAGGAUCAGUUUAAUGCCAUACUGUGCGCCAUACUACUUCUUGGAGUAAUAACAUUUCCACGGAGACAAGCAGACAAAGUUAUAGGUCAGAUCUGUGGAGAGGCGAGCCUGCACAUUGCAAAAAUCCAUGUAUCUCAAGGUAUUUUUGAGUAAUAAAAUCACCUUUAAUUGAAUAUGUGCAAGAUACGUCAGUUUAAUGUCUUACUGCGAGAAAAUCUUGGCAAAGUAAGAAUAUCUCCAUGGAGACGGACCCUCCACUAGAAAAGUUACAUAUUGCAGCUUUAAGUCUGAUAUGAAUUGGCCAUGUAAACUCAACAUAUUGAUUAUAGUGAUUGUAGAAAAUGUAUCCAACUAAAAUUAGAAAUCACGCCCUUAGUUGUGCAUUGUUAACGAGAGUAACAAAGCUUUGGUUAGCAGCAUGUAAGCUAUUGUUUUUGCUAAUCAUUUUGCCUUCAAACUGUGAUCAAGCUGCUGCUAAUCUGCUAAAACGAACUGUCAAAAUCUCUGCACACGUCGCUGAGAAUAUUGUCACUUUUGAGCAAAACAAAUGUUGUGUUUGUUAAAAUCCUGCCGCAGACCAUUAGUCACAGAUCCACUGUUUGACCACAAUAAACAUGAGCUCAUUCAAA